CCGGGUGUGCGCGUCACCGCCGGCGCAGGCGUCGACUGGCCACCACAUUUAAACUUCACAACAAACCUUUACCAGUUAAGACUAUCAAGAUUUCUUUUAAUUUUCGUCGUCAUUAAGAAUCCUUCAGCAUGGGAAGUGAUGACGGCAGCAGCAGCAAAGUGAUUCCGGUGAAGGUAGCAGUGCGGGUGCGACCUCUCAAUGGUAGAGAGACACGUGAAGGGUGUCAGGAGUGUCUCGAUGUCACAAAUGGAUCUCCUCAGGUUGUGGUGCGGGGAACAGAAAAGGCCUUCACUUUUGAUUUUGCAUAUUCAAAUGACUGUUCCCAAGCCUAUAUUUAUGAAACUGCUGUGAAGAAUGUAGUUACUAAUUUAUUUAAAGGUUAUAAUGUGACAGUAGUGGCUUAUGGGCAGACAGGGUCAGGCAAGACCCACACUAUGGGAACAGCUUAUACAGAGGGUGAAAUUCCUCACAAUGAGGCAGGUAUCAUCCCAAGAGCUGUGCGAGAUAUUUUUGAUGGGGUGGGAAACCAAACAGAAUGUGAAUUUAUGGUGAAGGUAUCUUUUAUUGAGCUGUACAAAGAGAACCUGUUUGACCUUUUGAGUACCAAAAACAGAGACGAAUGUUCUGUUGACAUCAGAGAGGAUCCAAGGGGAGGCAUUAAAAUUGUUGGACUCUCAGAGAUCCCAGUUGCCACUCUGGAUGAAACUAUGAAAUGUCUGGAGCAGGGUGCAUUGAAUAGAGCAACAGGUGCUACUGCAAUGAAUGCCCACUCCAGUCGCUCACAUGCAAUAUUUUCACUGCACAUUCAACAAAGGAAUAAAAAGGAAGGGGAAAGUAUUACUUGUUCCAAGUUCCACAUGGUUGACUUGGCUGGCAGUGAACGAGCCAAAAAGACUGGAGCCACUGGGGAGAGGUUCAAGGAGGGUGUCAACAUCAACAAAGGUCUGCUAGCACUUGGUAAUGUCAUAUCUGCCCUCUGUGAAGAAGGAGGCAGAGGUCAUAUUCCCUACAGAGACUCCAAACUUACCAGAUUAUUACAAGAUUCCUUGGGUGGCAAUUCUCACACGGUGAUGAUAGCAUGUGUAUCUCCUGCUGAUAGUAACCUGGAGGAGACACUCAGUACACUGCGCUAUGCUGACCGUGCUCGCAAGAUUAAGAAUAAACCCAUUGUUAACAGGGACCCUCAAGCUGCUGAACUGGCUAGGUUAAGGCAGCAGGUUCAACAAUUACAAGUACAGCUGCUAUCAUCAAACAGUCACAGUGGAGGGAUAAGAGUAGCAUCAGCUGAUGAGAUAAAUGCCCUUUUGGAUCAGAACCGGCUCUUACAAGAUGAGAAUGAGAAACUGGCUCGAGCGCUACACACGGCUCUUGAUGAGAAUACAAGCAUGGCUGAAAAGGCCUUGUUGGCUGAAAUGUCUCAAGACCGCUUGAAGAUGAAGUUAGAAGAGCUGAGAGCCCAGACUGGAAAUACAGUCGAGGUCCUCAACAAAACAUUUGAUGUAACUUGUAACCCAAAGUAUGAGGAUCAGAUCAACCUGGUAAAGGAAUUACAAUCAAAGAUCAUUGAAUUACAAGGUGAACAGCGUAAAGGGGAGAAAGCCAUAAUGGACCAUGAGCUUUCACGUCACAACAUCUCCACCAAUACUUUAAUGAUAUCCAGUGAUGAAACGACCUCCUCCACCUUCAUCACCCAAGAUGUGAAAUGCGGAGAGAAUACAACUGAGUCGGUUGAUGAACUUUCUAAGCAGUUUGGAACAGAAUAUACCCUUCGUCAGGCUAAACUAAAUGAAGAAUUGCAGGACCUGAAUAAAGCCUUGGCAAUGAAAGAGGAACUGAUGAGCAAGAUGACAGUUAAUGAUACACACUUCUUGGCAAUGAAGGCCACCUAUGAGAAAGAGAAGAAGGACUUGGAGACUCACAUUGAUCUCUUGUCAAAAGAGAAAGAUGAGCUUACGCAACAGCUGAAAGUUGUCUCUCACAGCUCUGCAGGAAACAAGGUCUCGGAACAACGUCGCAAGAGGGUUCAAGAACUAGAAACCCAGAUUACAGACCUAAAAAAGAAGCAGAAAGAGCAAGCAAAGCUACUUCGCUUGAAGGACCAGUCAGAACAAAAGGUCAACAAACUCAAUUCUGAAAUUCAGAGUAUGAAGGCAACACGAGUAAAGCUCAUCCGUCAGAUGAAGGAGGACAAUGAAAAGUUCAGAGUAUGGAAAGCACAGAAGGACAGAGAAGUUGCCAAAUUGAAAGAAGCAGACCGACGGAAAGAAUAUCAGAUUGUCAAAAUGGAGCGUCUACACUCCAAGCAACAAAAUGUACUCAGGCGGAAAAUGGAGGAGGCUGUUGCUAUUAACAAGAGACUGAAAGAUGCAAUGGCACUACAGAAGGCUGGUGCUGAGAAGAGAGCAGCAUCACGAGACCCUGGGGGUGCUGGAAAUCGUAUUAGGUCCUGGCUGGAAGGAGAACUUGAGGUUGUAUCAGUGAAGAAACAAGCCAAGCAGUCUCUGAAAAAUCUUGUGGAGGACCGUAAAACCAUAUCAGACCAGAUUAAUUCAACCAAGGCACAAAUGAAGAAGGGAGAUCUGUCUCCAGAAAUGUUGUCAGAAUUUUGGAAAAAAAUUGGUGACUUGGAUAAUGACCUUCAAUUGCGAUCAGCUCAGAUUAAUGAUCUACAGACCAAGAUUGUAGAUGGUGACGAAGAUGCUUCAAGCAAGAAAAGGUUUGAUUCCAUUCAAAGUAUGAUUGAAGCAAAGUGUGCUCUGCAUUUACUCUUUGACGUAGCAACCAGUAAUCACGUAAACACAGCAGCACGGGAAGCUGACCUUAAAGAUCUUCAGUCACAGUAUGAUGAAGUGGCUAACACUCUAGAAGAAAUGGAAGCAGAGUUGAAGACAUUAAAAGAGAAUCACCAAGCAGAGUUAACACGCACGGGACGGCAGCAUGAAGAGAAGGUGCUCUUCCUUCUUGGUCAUAUGCCUAAAGUAGAGCAUGAAGUGGUAGAAAAUGAAGAUGCUCAUAGUAUUGCACUAAGGGAGAGGCUACAAUUUCAAGAAGAUGAAAUUGCCCGCCUUUCCACAUUGCACGAAGAACUUGAAGCCAAGCGAGAAGAGUGUGAGACACUAAAGAAGGAGCUGGCUAAUGCAAAGGUUGCUGGAAGCAGUCAGGUAGUUUACAAUCCCACCGUUGCAAACAAUGAUCGUCGCCGUACAUAUGUGAAGACCAAACCCACCAAGAAAGUGGAGUUGGUAGAAGAACCUCUCUUUGAGUCUGAGGAAGAUUCUGAUGGAGGAGACACUAAGGAUGAUCCAGACUGGCGUAAAACACCACUAUUUAGAAGGAUAAGACAAUUGACUCACAAUGUCAGAUCGUUUGAAGAUGCAAAUGAGGAGAAUGAAGAAGAAAUUCUAGGGAAGAAAGAUAAAAAAAAUGCAACAAAGCGAGACUCCGAUGGGGAAGUGAAAUGUGGAUGCAAGGGAGACUGCUCGAAAAAAAUUUGUGCCUGUCGUAAAAAUUCAAAUGCUUGUGGCUUGAAAUGUAAAUGCAAUGUAAUCAAGUGCAAAAAUCGGUCAACUCCAGAUAGCAGUAUCUCUGAUGUUAGUAAGGGUGACACCUUGCUAAACUCAACAUUUGACAUCACAGCGCUUCCUCUUCAAGAAAGCAAUAUUAACAAGAGACCUAGAUUACAAGUCACAUCAUCUCUUCUAGACACUUCAUCACACUCUGAAAGUGACAGUCCAGAUUUUCUGCCAAAGUUUAAGAUUGACUACUCGGAGUCUCCUUCCUUAUUCUAAAAUAACCUUUUCCAUUCUUGCUGUAUCUGUACUUUGGAUCUGUGGUAAUAUAAAGAAGAUUAAUCACUCAGAUACUAUUUUGGGUCAUUUACUCUUUUGAUGUAGGACCUGGGAUGAAAAUGUUCAAAAAAUUGGAAGAACAGAGUAAAAGAUGGACUAACAAGAGGCAUCAUUGUGUAGAAUAUAAUUUCUGAGAUCCUCAAGUUCAUUGUUUUAUACUGAGGACAUUAAUCCCCUCGGUUACAUAAAUACUGUAGGAGUUUGGUUUAAAAUCUGUUUAUAAAAUUUAUGCUGUAGUGUUAAUAUUACUGGACACUGUUGCAAACUUUGUCCAUUUUUAUUUUAUUGUAUAUUAAAGAUAACAUUAACUUAUAUUUGGGUGUAUUUUUCUUUAUAUACUACACUAAAUUCAGAUUUGUUUGUUGAGUGCAAAAGAAUAACUCUUGCACUCACCUUAUCAUAUCAUAUUUCCAUUGGUAUAUUGUUUGGAGGAGACAGUUAGCACCAGAUAUAACAUAUGGAAUUGAACCAAAAUUUCUGGAGAUACUAUUUUCAUAAUACUGAACACGAAAAUGGAAACGAGAAUGCACACUUACCUACCUUACAUCACCUAACUUCAUAACCUGUACACUGUCAUUUCGAUUUUCUUACUUAAUAUCAUCCAAACAACAUGCAGUAUUGAGAAAAAAUUAACAAAUUCAAUCUAAUGAAAAUUGGAACAAACACUUCAUGAAAACAUCAUUAGUCUCUUGACAUGUAAACAAAGACUGUGGAUGCUCCCAUAUAGUAGAUGAAGUGAACCAAAACUGGUUGCCAUGGGAGAUCCCACGGAACCAUAAUUAUGGUAAAUAUUUUAUUUCUUUGCCUACAAAGCACAUAGAGACAUGAAAUUACUGCUAUAUGAUCAGUGUUAGCAGUCUCUUUACCACGUUAAUUCCCUCUUCUUUUAUGCCAUGCCCACUAACAAGUAAUUUAGGAUCGAAGGAUGGGCUAAAAAUAAAAUAAAAUACUGCAAUGAUUUUGUUUCAAUUUUAUGACUCGGUAUCAUCCAAAGAACAACUGUAGAAAAUAUGAACGAAACAUAUAAACAUGUUCAGGUGUUAACCGUCUGCUCCACCUUUACCUAUUGUUUUAAAUGUCAUAUUUAUAAGUAAAACUGUUUAUAGAAAAAAUCAUUCCAUGAAGUUCUGCAUUUGGUAUUAGCAAGAGUAAUUAUUUAUAAGUAAAACUGUUUAUAGAAAAAAUAAUUACAUGAAGUUCAGCAUUUGUUAUUAGCAAGAGUAAUUCGGUUGAAUACUGAAGGGCUUUGAAUACAGUACUGUACAGUACUAGGACAAAGCCCUAUGUUACAAUACAGCAUGCCCUUAAAAUUUGUGGGGGGUUUGGUUCUCAAAAUGGCCACAAAUGCCAAAGCCGCAAAUAUCAUUUGCUGGGGGGGCAUUUUUACUCGUGUUCAAAGAAAUCUAUAUUCCCCUUGUGUGUUUGCCCUAAGGACAACUAUUUCCUUUACCUGUACUGUAUAUGUGUGUGCCACACACACACACACACACAAAUAAAGAAUAAUGGGUAAAUCCUCUCUUAGAUAAUUGGAAACGAGACAACAAAAUGUAUCAAAAUUUAAAAAAAAAAUGCGAGAGUCUACCCUCAAGUUAAC